AUGAGUGACUUGCGCUUCCUCUGCGUCACCGAAAACGCCAUCACCCACGUGGCUGCGCUGCAGCGCUGCAGCUCCCUUGAGGAGUUCUACUUUGCUAGGAAUUUGAUUCGCGACGUGCGGGACCUGCACCCGCUGCAUCGCCUGCUAAACCUUGUCUCCAUCGAUGCCGCAGGUAACCCGUGUAGCGGGUCCCACGACACUGAGCAGCACCGGCGGGAGUACCGCAAUUACCUCAUUUACAACCUUCCGAAGCUCAAGGUGUUAGAUGGGAUGCCUAUAGGCGAGGUGGAGCUGCAGCGCGCCAGGGACGUGUUUGCAGGGCGGGUAAAUCCCGAAUUACUCGCCGAGCGCGUCGGCGCGACGAGUCAGUGGAAGAGCGUACACGAGUUGGAUCUCUCGCUCUGCGGACUGCGUGAGGUGACCAUGAUGGAGCCCUUCGUUGCCCUCAAGGUGCUGCAUCUGCACCACAACAGUAUUUCUCGCAUCGAUGGGUUGAUUUCCCUGCACAGCCUUGUUGCGCUGGACCUCUCCCACAACCGCCUUGCCCAGUGCCCCGUGGGUCACACGCUGCAGCACCUCCACAACUUGCGUUCGCUUUCGCUGGAGAGCAACCACAUCACCGACGUCUCGGCGCUUGGCCUGCUGCUGCCGCGGCUGAAUUUCCUGAACCUGAAGGGGAACGAGAUCACCUCCAUUGAUCAGGGCCUGCAGGGACUGACGGACCUGCGAGAGCUUCUGCUCGACAACAACAAACUGCGAGCGCUGGGACCCGACUGUUUUGCGAACAAUUUGCAGCUGACGGACAUCUCCGCCGAGGAAAACUUUAUUCGCUCCACGGAGGGUCUUCAGCCGCUUUCUCGCCUCAGGGUGCUUGUGCUGGCCUCCAACCGCCUCGGUGACCUGCGGUUGCUCCUCAACGAUCUGCGGAACGCAACGUGCCUCGCCACGGCGACGUUCGUUGGAAAUGCCGUCGCACGCAAGCCGCCGUACCGGCCGCAGACGAUUGCCGCACUGCCCGCCCUGACGGUGCUCGACAACAAGGAGGUCACGGAGGAGGAGCGGGACAAGGCGGAGAUGACGCGGGCGGCGGAGUAUUCGGGGCCGCACAACGUUGUCCUCGACCCCUCCUUUUCCCUCGACGCGGUGGGCGGGGUGCGGGUGACCGGGGCCGCCGUCCAGCCCCGCGCCUUUUCUAACCAGACGCAGCGGGUUCCCGUCAACAGCAACCCCCGCCUGCAUCUGCCUGCGUACAAGAACGCCGGCUCCAUUCCGCCGAUGCGGGACGGCGUCCGGAAGGGCGUUGUUCCACGCGUGCCGGGUGGCCCAUGA